AUGGACAUCGUCCGCGGCGGCUGGGUCCUCCACCCUAUUAGUACCGCCCGCCCGCAGCCAUCCGAACCCUCCUCCUGCGCGACAACCCCCUCGCCCCCACCCAGACCCCCGGGGCUGAACCUCCCGCUCGACAAGCAGACAGAUCUGAUCCAAGUGUGCAUCGACUUCCGCCACUACACCAAGGGAACACAGACGCCGGCCCGAUACUGGGACCGGGUGGCCGAUGACUUCCGCCAGGUUUUGGGUCGGCCCACCAUGACCCCCGCGGCGGUCGAGCAAGUGGUCCGCGCGAUCGAGGACGACUACGUGCGUUGGGUCGAGGCGUGGGAGCAGGGCCGGGCGGCGGACAGGGGUUCGGAGUAUGAGGGGUGGUUGCGGAUGUGGUUGAGGGGGCGGGAUGGGUUUUAUGCGAAAAUCGCGGCGGCGCGGGAGGAGGAGAGGAGGGGAGUGGAGGGGGAGGGGGAGGGGGAGGGGGAGGGAUGGAUGGAGCAGCAGCAGCAGCAGCAGCAGCAGCAGCAGCAGCAGCAGGAGGAGGAGGAGGAGGAAGAGGCGCAAGAGCGCCGCGAUCAACUAGCCAUGCUUCGUAUGCCUCAUGAGAAACGUCGCUUUAUGGCCUCCAAGGCCUCCGAGGCCUCCGACGAGGUGCCACACAAAAGACAGAGGCGCGCAAACCCGGAAGAAUCUGAGAGGGCGCGCUUAUUUCGCGUGAUUGCUGACUCGUUGGAAGCUGAAAGCUCUUCCGAGCGCAAGGUGAAAGAGAUGGAACACGAGAUGGAAACCAUGCAGCACAAGUUGGAUAGGAUGAACCACAAGAUAGGCCUUAUUCUAAAACAUAUCAAAAAAUAG